GUGUGUCCAGAAUACAGAAACUGAAACUGGUUUUUUUCUAUUUCCUCACUGAAAAUUACUUACUAAACAUGGGCUUUCAGCCUCGGCCUCAGAGGAAUAAAAUGGUUUUGGAUGUCGGGACUUGGGAGCAGAUAUUUCAAGAACUGAUCCAGGAGGUGAAACCCAGGACCAAAUGGACCCUGCGACUGGAGGAGAACCUUCAGCUGGACCGUGUUGCCCAGGGGUGGAAGCAGUACCAGCAGAGAGCAUUCGGCAGGUUCCAGUGUUCCUCAUGCCAGCGGAGGUGGGCUUCUGCCCGAGUGAUCAUCCUGUGUCACAUGCACCUAGAGCGCCGGAAGUCCCAGGGCCAGGUGCUCAUGCGGCACUUUGCUCAGAGGUGCCAGAAGUGCUCCAAAUGUCCAUUUGAAAAGCCGGACUUCUCUCCUGAGAGCACCAUGAGGAUUCUGAACAACUUGGUUUCGCGUAUUGUAGACAGAUGCUAUGAAGAUAGUAUCAAGAAGGUCCGAGAGCUACCAGUGAUCCCAGAGGUGCCUCUGGAAGGAUCCCAUGACAUAGCCAAUUGUGAAGCAUGCUUUCUGGGUUUCUGUACAUGGGGCUUUCAAAACUGGACAGAGCCUUCCAAUUCCCCACUCUCCUACAUGGAUAUUGGGAGUUCCUUGCCUCCUAUUAGCCAAAGCCAGGCUAAGAACCAGUCAGCUGAGGCAAAGGAGGCUCAGGGGAAUGGCUAUCCCUAUGUUCUUAAGAGGUCAGGGCCCAGCCAUACUACUGCUAGGAUCCAAGUGUCUGGGACGGUUCCUCAACCCAAACAGGAGCUGGGCCAAAAACCCACACUGGGAGACCAGCAGGCCACACCGGGAACAGGCCCACAGGCAAUCCAAGUAGCAGGAUCACCUCUCCCAGGGUGGACGGACCAACAGCCAAAACUGACAGCGAGCCCAUUAGUGACAAGGAGGGCAAAUUCACAGUCCACACACAGUGCCACAGCUGCACGUGGGUCUGCAACUACCAGGGUCCCUCAAGCUGCCUGGGGAAGGCGGGAGAGGUGUUCACCCAGAUGUCCUGGUCCAGACAGCUUUCCCAAAUACUCUCCCUCAGGGACACCAAACAGCUCCCUGGGCCAGGAGAGUGUUUUCAGGUUGGGCUGUAUCUGUGCUGUUGCUCUGUUUUCCUUUAUUGUGACCAAAUUCUUAUAAGUAGAAUUAUGAAAAUAGGUAGGCCUAUCUUCUUCUCUUUGCAUGUCUUAAUUCCAUUGUAAUCAAUAUACUGGCUGCCAUUUUAAUAUGACAAUUUGCUUUGAGAAAAAGUAGUGUCAAGUUUGUAGGAUAAAGAUUGUUUUCUUGUAUCUCCUUUACAGAAAGUCUAAAACCUGACCUAGCAAAUAAUGGACCCAAUAAUAAAUAUUUGUUGAAUCACUAAAA